AAUUUACUUCCGCUUUGGGGAUCAAUAAAGUUCUUUUUAUUUUAUCUUAUCUUGCCUCCAGAUCUCUACAGAAACAUUGUAAAUCACUCCCUAAGAUCCUGUUCUUUUUGCUGGAGCAUGCCCUCCACCCACUUUUCCCAGUGGGUUCUUCACUUUAAAGAGGUGAUACUGUGCUUUUCACCUGUUUGAAAAAAGUUAAGUUAAAAUGUUGGACGUUAGGGCCAUAAACAAGCAAAGUUUUAGAUUGUAAGGUUAAAGUGUGUUGAAGUAAUCCUCAGAUGGGACAACAGGGUGCUCUGGAUGGCUCAUUCAAAAAGUUACGUGAGAAUUCAGCAAGAUCAAAUGGUGACACUACCAGACAGUGAAUCUCCUUAAAAGGGCAAAUUUGCCAUUUUAUUUAAAAAUGGCAAAUUUGCAUGGCAACAGUGCAGGAGGACUCCAGAAUGCUGGGUUCUGGAAUGCUUGGGGGCUUAAGGAACAGAGGCUUAAAUAAAGUAUCUCAGACAAAAGCUGAAAUUAUGGUUUUCAAAGACAGCAGCCUCAAAUAUGUUAAAAAUUCUGCACCUGUGGGGAAUUCUUACAUCACCUGGCCGGCCAGUAGCACUGGAAUAUCAUCUACAAUACCUGUGCAGGCUGUCAGCCGAUACUCUCAAAUCUGUAAAUCAGAGAAGUGAGUGAAAUCUCUGUCUCUUUACAGAGAGGUUAUGGAGUAAAGCAGUGGCAAGUAUCAACGACAGUUUCCUACUUUUUUGCCCAAGCCACUCAAACGACCAAGCAAGCAGGACAAGCGUCCUUUGCACCACCUUUGCAGGGGUCCAGCUUGCAAAAGUUUGAGAACCGCUGGAGUAAAGGAAACAUAUAGAGGUGAAGAAAAAGCGGUUAACUAACAAGGAUGUGCUGAAGAACAAGAGAGAUACAGACGUAGAUGGUGUCUAUGGCUAUACGGUAUGCCCAAAAAUCCUGCUGAAAACCAAGAAUAGAGUUGAAGAAAUUGGCAGGUGGAGAAGAGUGAGGUGACAGCAGUGCUGGAUAUUAGGGAAAACCAGAACGGCCACUUUUUUUUCUUUUUUUAUGCACUGUUAUCUCGCGAUAACGACUUAUGUCCUUAUUUUGACAUAACAAAGAUCGUUUUCUCGGGAAAAUGAAUUAAUAAACAAUGUGUCUUCUGUAGGAUACCACACACUGUCUUGGCUGAUUUAAAAUGAGGGAACAAAUGAAAUAUUGUUUCUAUGGGAAGUUUGGUAUCAAAACACAAAGUAAUGGAUUUGAUGUCAUGGAAAAUUUUGUGUUUCGUGGAAUAAGUAAUAAUAUCAUAUAUAUUAUUUAAAUAACUCUUAAUAAUUCUUGGCAAAUUCCACACAGUCUGCAAAUCAAACUGGACUUUCUCCAAACCCUGCUUUCAUUGAUUCGCUGUUGAAGUUAAACAAUAUGGCACCUUACUUUGUGCCAUACUCUUAUGAAAAAAUAACAAAAAGCAGUCAAGACUUGUAAUAUUUGCAUUUGAUUUAAUAUUGCACAGGACUCCAAUGUAUGGAUAUCCCUUGGUAUAAACAAAGUUUAUUGAUUUUGCACUGUUUACCACAUGUUUGUUUUUAUCUCCCAACAACUUUGCCUUUUAACUCUCGCAUGUUAAAGUGUGAUUUGGGUAGCUAUUUAUACAUUUAUUAAAUAUUUUUAUUUAUUUAAUAUGUCUUUAUAUUCUAAUCUAUACAGUCUAUGGUUCCGCCCCUCUUUUGUAGACUGCAGACCCAUAGCAGUGGAUUAAACAGAGUGGCGACACUCCCAUAGGCAUACUCUGUACAGCCCGGCGGACCCCACUUCCGGGUUAUGGAACUCUCAAUAGUUCCAACAUGACCGCCUGUCACGUCGGACGCCGUUCGUUUCUAUGGCCACAAGGCAAGCACUCACCCAGGUUAAAUGAUAAAAUAUCAACAAGUUUAAUUCCAAUACAUGUAUAAAUGGUAUCGAGGGACCCCUUUAUAUGUAAAAUGAUUUUAAUUUUAGUAUGCUCAAAUUGUAAUUACAAAUGUAAUUACGUUUUUUUUAGUUAGCAAUUGGGAUUGAUUUUUUAGCCACGGCCUGCUAGUUGGACGCAUAGACUGUAUAAAGAAUGGACAGAGUCUGCCUCCACGCUGGGUGAAGCCACUCCGAGAACAGCACCCUCUGAUGGUGGGCUGCAGUACAGGUCAUAAAUCCCGCCUCCGCCAGCAAAGCUUAUGGGACUGUGGACAAACUUUAGAAAUGUAUUACACAGAACAUAAAUUUUUCUCCCCCCUGCUUGUGAUGUUGACAUGUAGUUAUUGUAAGACUGGUUUGUGCCCAAGUCCUUUUUUUCUGUACAGCUCCGUUUUUAAAAGUUAUUAGGGGGUUCAUGUUUUCUAUGAUUGACACCUGGUACAGCCUAUGGGCGUUCAGGGAUUGCGUAGCUCAUCCGGGGGAUACGCUGUUUGAGCCGAGCGUCAUCACAGGGACUCUCGGCGACUGCGCGGGCGACUGCGCGGGCGAAUGCGCGCAUCGCUACUGCGCAGCUCUGGUUUCAAGGAAGUGGAGAAAACCCGGAAUUACCGAGAGCUUUUUGGCUUCAAAUCUGUAUACAGGCAGAGGGCGGAACCAGGUUGUCCAUAGUAUAUACAGACUAUGGUUGGACGUCGUCAGCUGUAGAGGCCUGCCAAAAUUUAUUGUGUGACUGAGUUUUGAAUCACAGAUAAAUUAUCAUCAUCAAUCAUAUGUUGAGAUGGUUACUUAUGGGCUUUAUUUUAGAUUUCAGCCUUUAUCAGUACCCAGUGUUAUGUGCAAUUUAUUCUUUUUAGACUAACAUAAGUGCUAUGUCAUUUGAUUUCUGCUUAUGGGAUGAUAAGGGACCGCUACUUUUUAAAUCCUGUCAGCAUUUAAGGCAUUUGUUUAACAUGGAAAAAUGUUAUGCAGGCCAUGCUGCAAGACCAAAACAUUGCACAAUUGUUUAAACAGCUUGUAACAUCUGUUACUUACCACUUUAUUGUAUUAUUUUCUCUUAUUAAAAAGUAACACCUGUUACCAAACUUGUCUUAUUUCACUUUUAUUUGUCAUCCAGCCAGUACACAGUAAUCCAAUAAGAGUUGCAAAUGUUGACUUUUUACGGUUAAUUUUAAUAUUUACCUCUUUAAUGCGCGCUAACUGCAGUCUGUCCCGUUGAAGAGUAUGGACAGUGAGGGGUACAUGAACCACGUGACCGCUCUGGCGGCGAGAUCUGUUUAAUCCACUGCUCUGUGCAGACCGUUUCGACUUUACCGGAAGCAGGUAGGACGUCAUAUCCGUACAACACGAAGCUAACCGCCACCCACAGCUCUGCAGGUUUUGGUUCUGUCUACAGACGACCAUCAUGAUCCAAAUGGUGGGUUCUCUCCGGGAGGAGCUGGCUGACUCGCUUUCCACCAGCAAGGUGCUGGUGGUCGGCGCGGGAGGAAUCGGCUGCGAACUCCUGAAGAACCUGGUCCUCACCGGCUUCAAAAACAUCGAAGUGGUCCGUAACACUCAAGUUUGUUUGAAUGCGUGUCUGCUGCUGCUGCUGCCCGCGAGCUAACAAUCAAGCUAUGUCUUUGUGUUGGUCUGCUCACGGAGAUGUGCGGACUGGGGCUGAGUCCAAAAUCGUGGCUUUACAGAAUUGUUAGGUGUUUUGUUUCUCAAUAUUUCCGAGCGCACAUUUACCCUCUAAUCCGGGAGAGAGAGCUCAGAGGAAGCCUGGGCUCCUGUACCGCUACUUAUGCUAAAUACACUAUGCGACCACUAGCUAGUCGGUCGGCGGACAAAAUGCUAGCACCGACGCUCUCAAACAUUGGUGUUUUUACAUUGCAUUUACAUACACAUAUAAGCACUGUUACCUGAAAUACAUUUAACCAGAAAAAAGGACAAUUUUCUGUAGAUUUGAGUGUCUUAUAGACUCUAGGCAGGGACAAUGAACUACGCGGGACUGCCAAUUUUGAGUGUGUAUCUGGAGACAUGGUUAAUCAUACGUUUUUGCACAUUACCACAUGCAUUUAAUCGGAGCACAUCAUCAGAAUUUAAAAGAAGUUUGGAGCGAUUUGUUGAUAUGAAUUCUCUGCAGGCGCUUAAAUUUUUGUUAUUCAAGUCUGCUGUGCAGUGCACUUGUGUGAAUUGUGGAGCUAUUAUCCAUAAAUAAGUACUUGGCACCAGAUUUCUUCAGUUAUCAAAGCCUGUCAGAAGAUAAUGCUAGUUUUCACAACACGCCAUCACUAAAAAAGCUUCUUCAGCCAGUGCAAGUCCAAUUGAUAGCAUUCAACAUGUCCUAACAUUCAACCUCUUCUUAGCCUACAGUACAAUCACUGAAAAAAAAACCUUCUUUCAUUAGUCAAACAUUAAUUUUAAAGGGAUAAUCUGGCAUAAAAUUAAGUUCUCCGGCCUUAGCGUCUCAGUUUGAUUGCAUUUCCAUGAAAAAAUGAUCAUAAAUGUUCUUCCUUGAGCUGUAGUCUGUAAUGGACUGGGCAUGUCCUAUCAAAAGUCAUGAUGGGAACUCCUGGUGUGCCCUGCACUAGAGUUGACCAUGAGCUGGCUCGUGGAGAGGUGUGUGGCUGUUUUCAGUGGGUUAAAGGUGACAGCUGUAGAGAGGGGAGAAGGUUCACUCAUCACUUGGCCUAAUAAAUCAAGUUGAUCAAUUACAUUUUGAAAUGAUCAGCAAAGGCACAAUGCAAAUUAAAAAGAAAGGUAAAAGCUGCAGUCAUUUCUGCCAUUGUAACUUCUAUCACAGUCUUAUGAAAGAUUACCCACAUUUUUACAUCCUCAAUAACAGCUUGUCAAAGAAAGAAUACAGAAAAGGUGCAGGCAAGUGUGUACUUGAACUUCUGAAAGUGUUGCUCAUGACAAAAAUAUUCAAAAUGCCAUGUUCCGAAAUCUGAAGCCCAACCCAUUUAUUUUGUUUAGGUAUUUUUCUGAUUCAUGACAAGUUAAAAUCCAUCUAAAACAUGUUACUAAUUUAGAUAACCCUGGCACGUAUGAGGCAAAGGGGACUAAUUACUCAUGAAAUAUAUUGACACAGUGUAUUCCAUAACAGCAUGUUUGGUUAUCUAGAUCCAAAUCCCAUCUAGCACCAAACAUUUCCCUCCCCCAUUUUGAUAUUUUUUGGCUCCUAUUGUAGACCCACCACCACCACCCCACUUGCAACAUAUUUAAAUUUUCCAUCAAUUGAUUCAUCAUGGUAGAUAUAAUUGCAGCCAAUCAAUGUUGGAGAUCGUAAAAAAGAAAACAAUGCACACUGAAGUUAUUGUUAGACAUUUGUUUAUAACAUGGUGUUUGUAACCAUCUAACCAGCAUGGCUCUAGCCAGUUGUAGUGCAGAGUUUUUAAGUUUAUACACUAGAGAAACUUUGUUGGGUAAGGUCACCGGUCGUGGAUGGAUACAAACCAUAUUUACAGUCAUUUGCCUUAGUUUCAGGAAUUUUCUUCUUGGACUAAGUAAAGUAUGUGGUAAAAAAAAAAAAGUCAAGGGCUCAUCCUGUGAUAGAAAGGAAAACAAAGCAGCUCAGUACCUUGUAAUUUCUAGUGAAUGUGGUAUAAGUUACAUAUUGUCCUGGGUCAAUUAUCGUAUGUAUACCAUGCAACAUGAUUAUUCCUCAUCUUUCAACUGUAUUGAUUUCACAGAUUGACUUGGACACAAUUGAUGUGAGCAAUCUAAACCGUCAGUUCCUCUUCCAGAAGAAGCAUGUGGGCAAGUCUAAAGCACAGGUUAGUAAACAUUGUCUCAUCCACCACUGUCACUGUCAGCUCUUUAGUGUCCUUGUGUACUAUAACACUGAUAACUCAACCCUUGUUGAUAUCUUUCUGUGUAAUUCUAUUAUUCAUCAUACUAUAUUACAACACUAUUCUCCUCUUAUUGACUUUGUUCUUGUUGUUUUAAAGGUGGCCAAGGAGAGUGCCUUGCAGUUUUGUCCUUCUGCAAUGAUUACUGCAUACCAUGACAGCAUCAUGAAGUAAGCCUCUGUCUGUUUCUUGUUAUAGUCAUUUUUUUUUUUUUUUUUGCAAAUCAAAGCAUGAAGUCAGUGUUUGUCCAUUUGAUGUUUUAUGUUGUUCCCAUUGACAGCCCUGACUACAAUGUGGAGUUCUUCAGAAAGUUUGUGCUGGUGAUGAAUGCUCUGGAUAACAGAGGUAGUUUCAAAUAAAAUCCCUACACUAAGAUUAUUUUAUUUUAACUAUAAAUGAUAAACUUUGGUUGGGAAUUGAGUUUGUGGGUUUAUGAUCUUUGAUAGAGCUGAUGUAAUUUUUUCAAAUUCAUCUUUGCAAGUCUGCAUUGACCUCAUUGACAUGAUUUUUAAAAAAAAAUCUACUCUCUCUGCAGCCGCCCGUAAUCACGUGAACAGGAUGUGUUUAGCAGCAGACAUUCCUCUGAUCGAGAGUGGCACUGCUGGGUAUCUGGGACAGGUCACAGUUAUCAAGAAGGUAGAGUGACCCUUUGCCCUUUACUAGUUUAAAUACCAGUUGCAAGUACGUCCACCUUAACCUCACCUUUCCACACUUCUCUGUUUGUUUUUCCAGGGAAUGACAGAAUGUUAUGAGUGCCAGCCGAAGCCCACCCAGAAGACCUUUCCAGGAUGCACCAUUAGAAACACACCGUCAGAGCCCAUUCACUGUAUUGUCUGGGCCAAGUAUCUCUUCAAGUAAGGCCCAGUUUAUCACAGUUUGUCUCACAUUCAUAAAACAGUUGAGUUUCUAGAUUACCCAUGCACGUUUUCGAGAAACAUACAUAGUUGUGGAUCCUGUGAUAAAUUCCAGUGGUGCAAAAAGUCCAAGCAAAGUGUACUCUGUUCUGAUUGAUGGUCUUUUUUGGCUGCUACAGUCAGCUGUUUGGAGAAGAGGAUGCGGAUCAAGAGGUGUCUCCUGAUACAGCAGACCCUGAGGCUGCUUGUAAGUUGAAAAUGUGUUUUUGGCAUUUGAUGGAUGACAUGUGGAUUCAGUUUGUGUUAGCACUGGUUUGGUUGUUCCCUGGAGACGCAGGGUGCGUGGAAGAGCUGAAAAGGGGAUUUUUUUUUUGUGGGAUUGUCCGUUUACUCUGCACAGUGAUCAUUUUUUUAAUUUCCUGUGGGGGGAAAUCACAACUGUUAAUGGCUCAUCUGGUCAUGAUAUUAUGGCCAAUAGUGUGUCUUUAUAGGUUAACAGAACAGAUAGCUGGUCAUAAAGUCAUUCAAAACUACAGACCAUAGACUUGUAUUCUGUCCACAGGGAACCCUGAAGAUACAGCUGCUCGGGCCACAGCUUCAGAAAAAGACGGAGACAUCAAGCGAAUCUCCACCAAGGAGUGGGCUCGCUCUACAGGAUACGACCCUGUCAAACUUUUCAACAAGGUACCAAAAGUCCAAACCAGUCAUUUGCAAAGCUUCCUAAAGCAGGCCCUGUUGUCUUCUGCUCAUGUGAUUUUUCCAUUUCAAGAAAAUGUCUGUGCACUGUGGUGCUGUGUUUGUAAACAUAUAUCAACUAGUUAAUUCUCUUCAGAUUUAUCUGGAAUUCCAGAUUGUUUUUUUUACCUAAAAAGGUUGCUGUUUUUAUGUUGGUUAAAUUUAAAAGUAUUUUAACAGGAAGGGAGGUACUAAGCUGCUCAGUGAAAUACUGAAGCUUUCAGGAUAUCUACAGAUAUAGAUGUGAUAAGACUUUUCAUACUGAACUAUUCACACAGAUAUUUGUGUUAAGCUUCGAUACAACCUUGUUGGUUUAAAUCGGCAGUGAUGAGCAUUUUGAGCUGUUUGUGUUUUUUAAAUAAUGCAAUGUGUGCAUGGGUAAUACACUGCAGGACAUGUAGUGUUAGCACUUUUUUGCCUCUCUGUGACUGAUCUAUGUUAUACAUUUAUUUGAUACCUAUUUAGUUACAGUUCCUCUCAACUGCUCUUCUUCACCUUAAGUUUCUGCAGUGGCAGCUUCUGUAGACCCUGAUCUAUGUACGACAGUACAAAGUGUGGUGUGCUCGGUUUCUCCUUCCUCUUUUAGCUGUCUUCCUAACUCUCACUUGCAUGUCACAUGGCAAGAGUGUAAUUGCAGCCUUUAGGGUUAGAAAAGUCUGGUUGAUAUGUUUUCUGUAGUUUUGCAGAUGCAUUUGAUUGUUUAGUGUUGUUACAAAGAGAAAAUGAUUGAACCACAGAGACAUACUACAGCAGCAAACGCAGUUCUGAUUCCUCUCCUCUUCUGAUGUAUGUUCAGCUAUUUAAAGAUGACAUCAUGUACUUACUGACCAUGGACAAACUUUGGAAAAAGAGGAAAGCUCCUACUCCUCUGGACUGGCAGCAGCUGGAGAAGUCUGGUAGGUUUGUUCGAAAUAUCACUGAGCUCUUAUCAAACCCAGCCUGUGUCUAUCCACCUCAGUUAGCUUGUGUGUAACAGAAGAGGAGUGAUGAAUUGUGUUGAACUGCUAUGGUCCUGCUCAGUCUCCCCUUGUAAAAUGUCAAACUUUUUCUGCGCAGUUAUGGUCACUUCACUUCAUUGCUUCCACACUCUCACACACACUGACUGGACAGAGAGGGUAUCCCUCCUGAUCAGCAGAGGUUCAUCUUUGCUGGAGGAUCGACGCACAAUGUCAGCCCUUUUUUUAAUAUCGUUAGAUCAAUCAGAAUUUUGUGUGAUCAACGUAAUUCUUAACGAUCAAUUAAUCGAUCAACAAUUAAUCGUGCCCAUUCCUAAUGGCAGUUGUCAUCAAGCCACUGGUGUGUGUAAUUUAUACAAGAUUUUAGCCAUCAGUACCCGACUGUGCAACAUGAGAUAGCAGUUUGGGUGCUUCAUAGUGUUACAGGCCCCAAAUAAAUUUUUUUUGGGAUAUCCCAAUCCGAUAUUGAUAUUGGAUAUUGGUCCGAUAUCAGCAAAAAACAGCAAUCGGAUUACAUUGGCCUGCAUCGGAAAUCUCCGAUAUGAGCACUCUGAUACAACUAGUUCAUUUCGGACUCAACAAAGUAACAAGGAACAGGAGUGAUGUCGGCCGUGUGGCAGUAUUUUUCAUGUAAGUCCUAAAAAGAUGAAGAAACUGAGUGUAAAACUUGUCAUGCUCAAAUUUGUGCUAAUAUCGGUAUCGGCCAAUAUUUGUUUUGUAUCGGAAAUAAAAAAGUUGUAUCAAGACACCCCUACCUUUCUUGGUCUUUUUGUCAUUUUGAGACCCUAAUCUUUUAAUUAGGAGGGAAAAUCUUGUAGAUGGAUGGAUUGAUCCAUCUUAUAGUCAUUUAAAAAGACCCCAUGAUUACCAGAUCAAGAUCUUCUCAGUAGAUUGAGAAAAAAGGGGUCCAGUAUUUUUAUAUCUAGAGUCAAGACUAAACACACCAAAAUGAACUCAGCUGUACUACUAACCAGCUGCAUGAAUUAAUGUUGGUGUAAUUAUACAGUAACUGGUGGAGAUCACUGUCACAGUCGCAGCCCAUGUGGUGAUCAUCAGCUUUUUGUAACUACCUUAUCUGCCAUAAAACAGAGCUCUUCAAGAUUGGAAUGUUAUUGGGUGCCAGUAGUCAAUACAGGUCUUCUAUUGCUCUCUUAGCUGUCAGAAAUGUUAUAUGUUUUUAACAUCUUUCUUUUAUAUGUGCCACAGCAUGUUCUCAGGAGGAGUCUCCAGUUUCUGGUUUGAAGGAUCAGCAAGUUCUGGGUGUUUGGGGUCACUGUCAGCUGUUCCGGAACAGUGUUGAAACCCUCCGCUCUCAGCUGAAGGAAAAGGGAGAAGGAGCAGAGCUGGUGUGGGACAAGGUAACAAAAACAUAUUGGCAGAUUUCUUCCAUACAUAUUUCUUGAAUUCACGUCAGAUAGGAAUCACUUGAAUGUAUGUAAUAGAUGCAUAUAUCUGAUUUGGGAUGGAGGGGUUUGGUCAUGGAUGAGGAUGUUUGACAGAAGUCUUUCAUAAUAAACUCAGGAUGCUUUAAAUGAAAACAGAGCUGCUGUGAUGUUGUAGGACUGAUAGUAAAGCUACGUUUUACUACUUCUCUUCCAGGACGACCCUCCAGCCAUGGACUUUGUAACUGCAGCAGCCAACCUGCGUAUGCACAUCUUCAGUAUGAACAUGAAAAGUCGCUUUGAUGUGAAGUGUAAGUCUGUUAUCUUCAGGUGUUGUUCUGUUUUUUUUGUAAAGGAAAACAGUAUUACAUACAUUUCUAAAUAAUCAUUGAAGAAGUUUAAAUGGAUUUAUUUGUGUUUCAGCCAUGGCAGGCAAUAUAAUCCCAGCCAUUGCUACAACCAACGCUGUCAUCGCAGGACUCAUCGUUCUGGAGGGGCUGAAGAUCCUCUCUGGGGAAAUAGAGUCCUGUCGAACCGUGAGUUUAACUCAUAAUUGAUUUAAAUGAGUCCAGGCCUUCGUCAGGAUCUUGACAUCUGGUCAUAACAUACCUUGGAUGUUGAUGAUCUCUGUUAAUUAUUGAUAUUGACAUUUUAUUUUCCAGUUGAAUUGGAGGGUUGGAUAAAUUUUGGAUUUGAAAUUUUGUGAACUGUGCUUAUUAAAAUGAAUAACAAACAAUUAAAUGUUGUCAUAGGAAAUGACCAUCAGGAAUCAGUUUGGAUGGUUAAUUAAUCUUCAGUGCUUAUGUUAUUCAGUUUUCCUGGUAAAAGUCUCUUGGUGGGAGAAAAAAAACAAUACAGCAUGGUGAUAUAUCGUAUCAUAUCAUUUACCAAGUAUAAAUUUUUUUCAAAUUAAUUGCUAAUGUGAAGUCAAAUCUAUGAUAACGGAAAAACAAAAUCCAGCGAGGUUGGCCGAGGUGACAUCAUAGAGCAGGAGAGAGAGUUAGUACAACAAAUAUAGCAGCAGCUGGGUAAAGACAUUAGGAAUGCAAACAGGGCACAAAUGAGAUGGACCUGACACAUGAGGUUUGCAAGAAGAAGUGCUAAAUGAAAAUAAAAUACUGUGUUAUUAAGUCAAACACAGAGGAAAGACAAAUGCUUAAUUAGCUAAACAGUUGAAAAUGUUGUAUAAAUCGCUAUAUACGGUAUUGCAAUACUCACUGUAUUGCUAAAUGUAAAAAAUCUGAAUAAUAACGUAUUGUGGGACCACUGGUGAUUCCCACCCCUAAAAGUCUCCCCUUUUUCGGAAGAUUCACCCCUAAGUUUGGUACUUUUUGUGCGAUUGUCUGUUUCUUGCCGGCUAUCACUUGCACUGCUGUCUUGAACUCUGGUUGUAUCACUCACAAUGCCCCGUUCAGUUUCUUUGUCAUGAUUUGACUACUUUGGUUGGUUCCUAGACACAUUAACUUCCCUGCUAUCUGUUAAUCUGAAUGGAUUUUUCUGCUAAUAGGUGAAAUUACUUGGUUUAAAUAUACUGUAUAUAAAUAUAUAUUUUAAACAUUUCAGUCUAUGUUGAAUGUUGUUGCCAGGGCUUGUUUAUAUACCCUGAUUGCCACAUGACACCGCACAUUCAGCCUGAAUUCCUUCAGCUCUUGUUUUCCUGGCUCUUUUUCCCUCCCACAUUUCAACGUACAGUUUAUGUUUUCUUCUUCUCCAGAUCUUCCUGAACAAGUGUCCCAACCUCCGGAAGAAGCUGCUGGUUCCCUGUAUACUCGACCCUCCUAGCAAUAACUGCUACGUCUGCGCCAGCAAACCUGAAGUUACAGUCAAACUUAAUGUCAGCAAAACCGUGGUCCUCUCCCUGCAGGACAAGGUGACAUGAGAGGCAAUUUUUUUAUACAUGCACCAGCCAGCCCCAUGAAGUAUGAUAUUGGCUUCUUUCUCCCACAAAUAUGAUUCACAUGAAAAUUUCAUAGUGAUGCUCCAAUUUUUUUCCUGCUCAGAUGCCAUACUAAAACCGUCUCUGUCCCCAAAAGUGUUUUAUUCCAUGAUAGUGAUGAAAUGCUCAGAGAAUAUGCAGAAUUAGUCUAUUUUGUAUAUAAAAGUUACUAAGAUAUGAAGUGUACUAAAUAAGUUCUUGUCCAAUUGUAAAUGUUGGUCAGUCAAUGAGAUUUUUCUUGUAUUUUCACGUGUUGUUUACUUAAAUUUUUUGCUUGUUUGUUUGGUCUUAGAUCCUGAAGGAGAGGUUUGGCAUGGUUGCCCCAGAUGUUCAGAUAGAGGAUGGAAAAGGAACAAUCCUCAUCUCCUCUGAAGAAGGAGAAACUGAAGGUAAUGAGGGAGGGAUAAAAGAGACAGCAAAGCAUCAAGAGUUAAGUGACAGUGUACCUCUAGUGGAAAAAAGGAAAGAGGGUGUCUCAAAGGGGCCAAAAUUCCAAAACAAAAAUGAUGAUAAAAUAUUGGUUUGAUCACUGGUGAAUUGAGGACAGCGGGAAGUAGCGAUGUCUUGUUUCCAAUGUCAGCUGUUACAUCAGGGCAAAUCUUGGCAUUUGUUUUUAUUUAUUGGUGGUCAGCAAUUUGAACCGAUCUUUUUUGCCAGCUUGCACUUUGCAUGAUUUAGCUUAGAAGGCUUAAAAUGUAUUUUAUAAACAUACAUGCACAGCUAAAAUGGAUAUGGUAACCCCCUUUUUGGCGUUCUACGAUAACUCGCAAGAGCUGAUGGUUGAAAAACGACAGCGUAACCACAGGACCGUCUGUUACAUUAUCAAAAGCAACAGUGGCUAAAAUGACAGUUGAGUGGAAAACAGAAAAGACCAAAAGAUUACUGAGAGGUUGGUUGAUGUCAUCACUGUGGACAACCAGAGCUCAUCUCUGUGGUUGAGAUCACAGGUUUUUGUCGUCGUCUUCUGGAUACAUGCGAUGUCCGCUGUAUUCCAGACACAGUGAAGCUGAGCAGCAAUGUGCAUGACAAUAUAUGAAGUGAUAUAGAGCAUGAUGUGACUGCUGCCACUAACUAGUUUAAGGGGAUUUUGGUGGUCAGUUGUUAAAAUCAUUUGGUCUCUAACCUUCACAGCCAACAACAACAAAUUCCUGUCUGAUUUUGGGAUCCGUAAUGGGAGCCGCCUUCAAGCUGAUGACUUUCUCCAAGACUACACUCUCCUCAUCAAUGUUCUUCACAGGUAUGUGCCUGCAUUAGUGUACAUACACAGUAGUUGGGUUGAUGGAAAAAGUUCACUUAACUGGGGGAAUCUUUUUUUAUUUUAAGAUGUUAGAGAUGUCUUAUCUGCUUUGAUAGAAGCAGCUGAAGGAUGGCUGAAACCCAACUGGUUCAACAAAGUUUAAAUUGAGUAAAUAAGUGGUUGUGCAAAUUAGGACCCGAACAGGGUAAGCAGGGUGAGCAGGACUGGGGUUCUUGGUUGUAAACAUUGUGUAUGCUCAAAACAUGACCUGGGGGUGGAGUACACUUUCCAUGAUGAGAAUGAGAGAAUAAAAACAAACCUGAUCAGAAAUGUGUGCACAGACAAGCAAACCCUUACCCAUACUGGUGGUGCAUGCUCCAAAGCCAGAUUACAUUUUCAAUAGUGCAUUCUAUAUAUUAUUUUGUUUUGGUGACCCGAACUGCUAAAGCGGAAUAUGUGUGUCCUUAUUUGCAGUGAAGAACUGGAGCGGGAUGUGGAAUUUGAGGUGGUCGGUGAGGCCCCAGACAAAGCCCCGCCUCCUCAGACUAACCAAGUCGAGGGUAACAGCAUCAUCAAUGGCAACAAGGACUCCGCCCAGCCAUCCACCUCCUCAAAAGGUUAGCAGGAAAAUGUCCUCUUUUUUACUACGGCUAAUUUAACUUUGGAUUUAAAAGUCUCUUAAAAUAAUAUCAGAAAUAUUUUGAUCCCAAUUUUUUAAAUUCUUGACUGGCUUAUUAAUCAUGACUGUGAACACAUACCACAAGCUAAUAUCAAAGGUAAUAUAUCACACAUUAUCACCAAAAACAUUAGACCAAGCUUAAAAUCAGGAGUCCCAGAAAUGAAAAUCUCCAACCAAAAGAAAUAUGCAAAAAAUGCAGUGGGCAAUGUUUCUCAUAUAAAAGGGAUGUGAGCAUAUUCUCAUUUAAAUAACACACUGGCAAAUGUAAUAAAUUUCAUAAGAAAGGUAAUGGUAACUAUAAAAUUCCCGCAAGGAAAUUUUAAAGGGGCCAUGGGGGCAACUGCCCUGUGGCCCUAAUUAGGACUGAUAAAAAAAAAACCUAAACUGCAAUUUUACUAUUGUUUUGUGCAAUAAUGCUCCUAAAAACCACUCAGCGUUUACCUCUUAUUUGUCUCUGAAUGCUGCGAUCCAACCCCUUUUAGUUCCAGCCCAGGAAGACGACGUCAUGAUUGUUGACUCUGAUGACGAGGAGGGCACAUCCACUGGCUCUGCAGCAGCGGCUCCCCAUAGCACAAAGAGGAAGCACCAAGAUGAAGACGCUGGCGAGACCUCAAUUAAACGCCCCAGGACAGCCCAAUCAAGCGCAGAAAUGUCCCCUGUCGACAAUGAUGAGGAUGGAGACAUCAUCGCUUUGGACUAACCUGUCCUUCCUGGUCCUUUGUAGAACUUUUUCAGUGCUUGUCAUUUUGACUCAAGACUGACAGAAGGCAUAUAUUUAACAUCCCUGGUAUGAAGAAAAAUUUCCUGUUAGUCUUUUAUCAUAUACUUCUCCCUACUCUGUGCUUUCAUAGCUCUGUGCUCUCUGAUAUGGCUGUAAAUAUAUUCUACGUUUGAAAAAGUUAACAAAAAAUACAUGAAACUUACUGUAUUUUUUAAAUUUCUUUUCCCUAUAUAAAUGCUUCUUUUGACGGUUAAGUGCUUUUUUUAGUUACUUUUGUAUAUGUACUGUAUUUUUCAUACUAUACAAGUCAGGGUGUUUCGUGCUUUUUGGUCAAGUUAUAAAAAACCUAAAAACCAAAAACAUUUAUUGGGUUGUACAUUUAUCUUAGUUGUACAUAAAGGGACAGAAACAGACAGAUCCAGGAGUUAGCAUCUUGUAUGCCUGUCUGUAUGCAUUAUUGAUUUGAUUGGGUUGGCAAAGCACAGCACACUGAGUAUUUGACCACAUUGUGCCAUUGGGCGUUAGUUUUCUACCUCUUUUCUUGGACUUACUUGUUUUGAUUGCAAAAACAUGGCCAUGCCCUCCUUUAACACUCUUGUUGCGAGGUGUCCAGUGCUUUCACUAAGAACAAGUAUGCUGGAUCUUAGUGAGACUUCUCUAUUCUACAGGCUUUGGUAAAGUACAAGCGGCUAAGAUCCGGGCUUGUAUUGAUUUAAAUGUGUCAUGUGAUUGUUGUUUCCGUAAGAGGUCGCACAUUUCCUUUCAUACUGCUGUGGUUGAUUUACAGACAAAUGGGUGCAAGAAUACAGCACAUGUACCAGCGGCACAAAGUGUAGCUGGUGUGCUCCUGCUGCCCUCCUCAGCCUCUGACCCCUUUGUCAGCCAACUUCAUUAUUUUGAUCUUACAGACUACGAGGGCCCUUUGCACUGAUUCGGUGGACACAAUAAAAUUGAAAGGCUUCUUGUGUUGUUGGUUGUAUUUUCCGUCCUUUACAUGUUUAAAAUACAAUAAUAUUAUAAGAUACAAUUCUUUGUAGAUCAUGAAUGUUUUUUUAUACUUAAACAGUGGAGACUACAUGGGGAAGAACAAAUCCAAACUUUCUGUGUAUGGCCAGUUCUCUCCAAAUAUGUCCAAAGCUGUAAUUAAAAUGCUUAAGUUCAGUGAUUCAGUUAUCUGUAUUCUGAACAGAAAAUAAAUCACUAAGUUCACAAAUA